AUGACCGACGCUCCUCAGGAUAAAGACCAGGCGGUGGAGCCAAUUGCUCACCCCUUCCCUGCGCGACUGUGCAGCUCGCCACUGGGGGCGAUCCUGGUGAGGCAUCCGGGAACUAGCGAGUCGACGGCGUCGCCGCUGCUGCCGUCACCGCCGUCGGCGAUCCUCCUGCUCUACUCGCGGGACAGCGACGGCUUCGCGCGGCUCAUGGAGGCCUUCCGGGAUCUGCUGGCUGCCCUCACCGGCGUCGAGGUGGUGGACCCGCUGGACGUGCGCCAGCACAUGGCGGAGGUGUUCCCCGACGAGGUGAGCUGGCUGACGCGGUACCUGCGCCGGCAGGACGUCAAGGUGGUGGUGGUGGUGUCGGCGGGCGCGCUGGCCCGGCAGACGGCGCUCCUCCACGGCCAGCCCCCGGGCCGCGCCGCCGGCACCCGGCCGCGCCCUCUCGACCACCUCUUCUCGCACGCGCUGCGGGUCAUGCAGGACGACUACAAGAUCGGGGGAGACUACAACCGGGUGUACAAAGUCAGGUUUGACGACAUCACACCAACAACAGAAACGCUGUCUCACAUUGUCCCUUUGCGGGACUACCGUCUGGUGAGGCACAUGGGUCGUCUGGUUCAUGAAUUAAGAGGGGAGACACAUCCACCAGAUGCCAAUGACAUCACCUAUAGUCAGGAGCUACUGAAUGACCGCCCUGAAGCAGACAACCUGUUCACGAUACUGCGGGAGCUCACAGUGUGACAGGAGGUCGACAGGACAGCCUCAGCCAAAGUGCAUCCCGUUUCUGGUGUUCGGCGACCUCCCUGUACUGCGACACAGCUGGUGGUGGUGCAUCAGUCCUUUGUAGGAUAUCACAUCGAGUCCCACUGUUGGACUUCAGACAUCGAGCAUGACACGCACAUUGCUCUGGCCCAACAUUCGUAAACCACUGCUUCCUGAACCCCGUAUCUGUGUCAGCUUGAGGUGUGAAGGAGAGUGCUUCACUUACCUUGAUAUUUUGCAUGUCCAGUACUAUGAAAAAGUUAAUCGUACAUACAGAUAUGUUCUGAGCAACUACUAUCAACGUAUUUCUGAUUGACCUCUCAGACACUUAUCUUUAAGUUACUGAGUUUAAUUUGUGUUCAAUCAAUUUCAUACCUGAUAUAAUAUGUAACUGCUUCUCCCUCUGAUGUUCAUAAGUGUUUUUUUUCUAUCAUGGUGCUGUAAAUGAUUAAUUCAUGACACAUGCAUUUGGUUAUCAUGCAACACUGUUUUAUAAAUUUUAUAUAGUUGACAUCUCAUUUACGAAGCCUCAGUCACUCGUUUUGUAUAUGGUGCAAAUAUUUAUGUUGUUUGUUAGCCAUUUAAUUUAAUUUAUUGUAGCCACUAAAAUAAUUACAUUACAGACUUUUCAUGUAGAAUGAUCUCAUCCACAUU